CCCACUGCAUCUCCGCGAAAACAGCGAAAGAAACUCGUUGACAGGCGAACCCAGGCAGCGUAUUUGUUGUCACGCCGAAGUAACGAGGCAAAGGUCGCAAGAGAAAGGGCUAGCGUGGAACUUGACUCAUCUUCCGACGACCCGGACCGCUUUGUAGGCUUCCGCUUCGACGAGAACAAAGCCAAAGAGACAACCACGGUGUAUAAUCUUGUUUGAUUUGUUGACUGAGCUGCGGGCGUUUUGGCCACGUGACUCUCACUCUGUUCUCUCCGGCAUAAGAUUCAGUCGUCGACCACCGACCACGCCAUGUUAGAGUCAGUCUGUCUGUGUUCAGGUCAUGAUUUUGAUUGCAGGUCUUAAUAAUAAUAUCGAACACGCAGUGAAUUUUGAAAACGAACCAUCUUUAUCAGGACAAGCUGAACCACUACUCCCACGAAGC